AUGAAUUCUCAGUCGGGGAAUGAUAUUCCGCUCAAGCCAGUUGGUAUAAAUAGACAAGACUCAGGUGUAGUUGGUGUGAGUACAGGGAUUAGAAAUGCUGAUAAUGAAGGAACUUUAGAGACGACUUUUCUGCAUACCGAGCCCAUAGAAAGCCAAAAACCUUCUGAGGAACCAACUAAUGGCCUUAAAGCUUAUAGUGUUGUUAUAGGAUCCUUUUUAGGACUCAUUGCAAACUUUGGAGUUCUUAACUCUAUUGGUGCAAUUCAAUCGUAUGUCAGUCUGCAUCAGUUAAAGGAUAUUGAGACUUCUUCGAUAUCCUGGAUAUUUUCGAUCUAUAUGUAUUUGUCGUUCGCCAUUGGUAUUAUUGUAGGGCCCAUAUUUGUUAUGAAAGGCUCGUUUACCCCUUUACUUUACGGUACUGUGCUAAUCGUCGGAGGUUUUAUGGCUACUGCGAAUUGUACUAAAGUUUGGCAAUUCAUCCUAAGUUUUAUUUGCGUAGGAACUGGACAUGGCUUAUGUAUUACCCCAUUAGUAGGAGUUGUCAGUCAACAUUGGACUGCAAACGCUAUAGGAAGAGCAACUGGUUUUGCCACAAUUGGGGGAUCAAUAGGGGGUGUAAUUUUGCCCUUAAUGCUUCGUUCAUUAUUUCCAAAAGUUGGAUUUGCCUGGAGUAUAAGAAUCCUUGGAUUCUUCUGUUUAGCAUGUAUGAUUUGUGCAAUGCUAUUAGCUAGAGAGAAGUAUUGCACGGACUUAAUCCCUAUGGAUUCCGCAUCUACUGAUUAUGAAGAAAUGAACAAACGGAAAAAGUUCAAAGCAGCAAGUAAGAAUAUUUUGAGCUUUAACGCAUUAAGAGAUAUUAAAUAUUCAUUUCUUAUUAUAGGCGUGUUCUUUGGUGAAUUAGCACUUAUGUUAAUAGUUACCUAUUACGCAAGUUAUGCAAUUGCUCAAGGUAUGUCAGAAUCAGCAGCGUAUAUUCUUUUAACUAUAUUCAAUGCAUGCGGAGUUUUAGGUCGUUGGAUUCCUGGCCAUAUGGCUGAUAUAUGGGGACCAUAUAAUGUUAUGAUUUUGAUGUUAAUAUGUCUUGAUAUCUCUAUCAUGGUAGUAUGGCUUCCAUUUGGCUCGAAUGUUGGUGUUUUGUAUGCAUUUGCAGCUUUAUCGGGUGCAUUUUCUGCUAGUAUUUUAUCUCUCUUACCAGUUCUGUUGUCAUCAGUAACUAUUUAUUCGAUUAAAAAGGUGAAGGUAACUAAGCAACAAAAUCCUUUUGUAGAGGGUGAAGUAGAGUCUACAGAAGUCAGAUACCCGCUAGAAUUUGGCCAAAAGUAUGGUUUGCUUUAUUUUUUUGUUUCCCUUGGUAACUUAUUCGGUAUACCAAUUGCCAGUGCUGUUAUUGGAGAUCAGAGCAAACAUAACUAUGACAUGUUCGUACUUUUGUCGGGUAUUUUUGCAAUCAUAGGUACUGUGUUCUGGAUCAUUAGUAGAUACUGUAUUGUGGGAUUUAAAUUAAACGUAAAAAUAUAA